AUGGACAACUUAGCAUUUGAAAUGAAUGAAGAUGCAGAGCAAAAGGUUGUGUCUGAGGGGAAGAUGAACACCUUCUCCAGAAUGGAAAAGACGAGGCAGUGGUCACUGAUGAGCAUUUUCCUGGUGUGUCUUUUGGCUUGCACCAUUACCACGGUGAUCGGAGUCCUGAUUGUCUCCUUGGUUUAUGUCAACAACCCUCAGCCUCAUUCAGAACCCGGAGCCCAAUCUCUGCAAACAGCAAUUCCCGUGGUGCCAAAGGCUGUUGAUCCAAAAUUUAAGUUUCUUUAUCAUUUACCUAAAUCCAAGGUGUUUGAGUACCCUGGUGGCACAAUCCAGUGGGCCCGGUACAGGAACAAUGCCAACGACUACCUCAGCAUUGAAGAGGAGGCCUUUGGCAGCAGCUUAAACAGCCAGAGAUCACAGAUAAGCCUGGGGACCCUGAGAAUAAAAAGCAGUGGCCUCCGGGCCCCUCACUGGCACUUCAAUGCCAACGAACAUGGCUAUCUUGUACAGGGGACGGCAUGGGUUGGGGUGGUUGACGAUGGUGCUGUCGUUACCACGUACAAUGUUACAGCUGGCCAAGUGAUCUUCUUCCCAAAAAACACAGUGCACUGGAUAAAGAAUGUGGGGAGUGAAGACUGCUUUUUUUUGCUCUUCUUUUCUACACAUGAGGAACUUCAGACCCUGGAUGUUGAUGAUGUAUUUUUUUCUACACCUGAGGAUAUUGCUUCCCGGUCACUUAAGCCUGAAGGUGGAAUUAAUUUCAUUAGAACAUUCCAUAAGCAAAAGGAGGAUCAGGGGGUCAAUCUUCCUCCCAACUUGGCAGAACUUGUUGUCAAUGCUAAUUACUCACAGUCUCCAGAUAACUUUGUGUGGAGGUACUUUUAUGACUUGAAAGGCUCAAAAGAACAUCGAUUUCCUGGAGGAAUAAUACAGUUGGCACAAUAUUGGAAAAAUAGUAGUGAACUGAGCCACAGUGAAAAAAUUUUUAGUGAAUUCCUGAAUCAGCAUCAAAAAGCCCUCACUUUGAGUACACUCAGGAUUUAUAACAAUGGAUUACGACAGCCACACUUUCAUUUUAAUGCAAAUGAAAUGGGAUACGUAAUAAGUGGAUGUGCAAAGGUGGGCAUUAUCAAUGCUCAGAGUUCCACAGAGUUUGACAUUCACAUUGGAGAUGUGAUAUUUUUCCCCACUGGAACCCAGCAUUACAUUAAGAGCACAUGUGAUGAAGAUUUGCUUCUCAUUCUUGCCUUCAGCACUGGAGACCAGUUGCAAACCCUUGACAUGGAUGAUUAUCUCCAGGCCACCGCAGACCACAUCCUGGCUCAGCUUUUCUUCAAGAAGCAAAGUGAGUUUGAGAAGAUCCCCCAAUUCAAGGAAGACCAGGCAGUCAACCUGCCUUAG